GGUGGCGCCCCGGCCCCGCCGCCCCCCAGCCCCGCUCGGCGGUGGGGGAGGCAGCCAGGGAAGCCAUUGCCUGUUUAAUAGUUGCUGUUGCAGCACUUCCGCUUCUCUCCCAGCGAGAGAGACACGAGUGGCCAGGCCCAGCCGCACCGAGGAGGAGCAGCCAGACACAAAGGGAGAGGUUGGGGUGUGUGGUGGGGGGGUCGCUAUGUCGGAUGACGAUUCGAGGGCCAGCACCAGCUCCUCCUCAUCUUCAUCCUCCAACCAACAGACAGAGAAAGAGACAAGCACGCCUAAGAAGAAGGAAAGCAAAGUCAGCAUGAGUAAAAACUCUAAGCUGCUAUCUACCAGUGCCAAGAGGAUUCAGAAGGAAUUGGCUGACAUCACCUUAGAUCCACCUCCCAACUGCAGUGCUGGCCCCAAAGGUGACAACAUCUACGAAUGGAGAUCAACUAUUCUAGGACCUCCAGGUUCAGUCUAUGAGGGAGGUGUUUUCUUCCUUGACAUCACAUUUACACCAGAAUAUCCUUUCAAGCCUCCAAAGGUAACAUUCCGGACAAGGAUCUACCACUGUAACAUUAACAGCCAAGGCGUCAUCUGCCUGGACAUUUUAAAAGACAACUGGAGUCCAGCAUUAACCAUUUCUAAAGUUCUUCUCUCCAUCUGCUCCCUCCUCACAGACUGCAACCCGGCUGACCCCCUGGUUGGAAGCAUUGCCACUCAGUAUAUGACUAACAGAGCAGAGCAUGACAGAAUGGCCAGACAAUGGACCAAAAGAUACGCCACAUAAAUUGGAUUUUCGUCAAACUCUUACAUUAUUCGUCUGUGAUGGAAAGAGCUGCUUAUGAAUUUGAAGGGGUGGGAGGAGGGAGGGUGCUGGUAAAGAGUAGGGUAUUUCUAUAACAGAUUUUAUUCAGUCUUUUAUUUCCUAAGAUUUUGUUGUUGUAACUUAAGGUAUCUUGCUACAGUAGACAGCUAGGAUUGGGAAUAGCAUACUUUAAGACUGUAAUUAGUUCAGCAAUAUUAGCUCACAUAUAGUACCGAGAAGAAUGUAAACUUCUUAGACUUCUUUGGUUUUCAGUUUGCUUGCAAUAUGUAAAAGAUUAAAACAGCUUAAUUUUGUACAGGUACAUAGGUUGACGUUUAUGUAAAAGUCCUUUCAAGACUCUACACACUGUUUUUGCUUUUUGUUUGUUUUGGGUUUGGGGGAUUUAUUUUGUUCUGGGUUGGUUUUGUUUUGGGGUUUUUGUUUUGUAAAAAGAUGUCAGCAUUGUUUUCCCCUAUGGGAGGUCACAUUGGUAUUUAACAAAUCCUUUUUAAAGACUGUCAUCUCAUGAUCUGUGAUAUGGAGAGGUGGAUAUAUGGCCUCAUAUAUGAAAGGAGAAGUAGUUAAUGUAUUAUUUUAUAAGCCAAUCUAUCUUUGUGAAAAGAAUAAAGGGUUUAAUCAGGACUUAUGGUAACCUGUAGUGAAAUACCUUAAGCUGUUUAACUGUAAGGUGUGGAAUAGGAGUCACUCAGUGGAUUGGUUGUAUGUUGUGGGCUACUUAAGUCUGCAUUUGUUACUGUGCUAAUAAAAAGAUGUUUAAAAAAAAAAAAA